GUAACCUCACACUCCUGGUUUCCAGCACUCCUCCUGUCUCAGCCUCCCAAGUAUCUGGGACUACAGGCUGCACCCUAUUUCACCAUGGUCUCCCUUGCUGCAGCAAAUGCAGAAUUUUGCUUCAACUUGUUCAGAGAGAUGGAUAACAAUCAAGGAAAUGGAAAUAUGUUCUUUUCCUCUCUGAGCCUCUUCACUGCGCUGGCCCUGGUCCGUUUGGGUGCUCGAGGUGACUGUGCUACUCAGAUUGAUAAGCUGCUUCACUGGAAUGGUGGUGCCUCGGGACAUGGAAAUUCUUCCAACAGUCAGCCAGAAUUCCAGUCUCAACUGAAAAGAGUUCUUUCCGAUAUAAACACAUCCCACAAAGAUUAUGAUCUCAGCAUUGUCAACGGUCUCUUUGUGGAAAAAAUUUAUGACUUCCACAAGAACUAUAUUGAGUGUGCUCAAAAAUUAUACAAUGCCAAUGUGAAACGAGUUGACUUUACAAAUGAUUUAGAAGACACCAGAAAUAAAAUAAAUGAAUGGAUUGCAAAGGAAACACAUGGCAAAAUCAAGAAUGUGUUUAAUGAAGGGAGCAUAAGCUCAUCUUCUGUCAUGGUGCUAGUGAACGCUGUGUACUUCAAGGGCAAGUGGGAGUCAGCCUUCACCAAGAGUGACACCAUAAAUUGCCGUUUCAAGUCUCCCAAGUGUCCUGGGAAAGCAGUUGCCAUGAUGCACCAAGAACGGAGGUUCAAUCUGUCUGUCAUUCAAGACCCAUCCAUGCAGGUCCUGCAGCUCAAAUACAGUGGGGGCAUAAGCAUGUAUGUCCUGCUGCCUGAGAAUGACGUGUUCCAAAUUGAAAACAAACUGACCUUUCGGAAUCUAAUGGAAUGGACCGACCCAAGAAAAAUGACCUCUAAGUAUGUUGAGGUAUAUUUUCCUCAGUUCAAGAUAGAGAAAAAUUAUGAACUCAAGCAUGACUUAAAAGCCUUAGGGCUGAAAGAUCUCUUUGAUGAGUCCAGAGCUGAUCUUUCUGGGUUAGCUUCUGGAGGCCGCCUGUACUUAUCAAAACUAAUGCACAAGUCGUACAUAGAGGUCACAGAGGACGGCACCGAGGCUACUGCUGCCACAGGAAGUAACAUCGUGGAAAAGCAGCUCCCUGAGUCCACGGUGUUCCGAGCCGACCACCCAUUCCUGUUUGUCAUCAGGAAGGAUGACAUCAUCUUGUUUAGUGGCAAAGUCUCUUGCCCCUGAAAAUCCACUUGAUUUCCAUUAGAGUAGUUCCUGCCACAUUGAAGAACCGCCACAAGUGAAUAGAUCUGAGUUUCAUUGGAAACGUGGUGUUUCCUUUGAGUUUAUUUCUUCUCCUUAUUGAUCAGCAAGUGAUUUUGGUGCCUUGAGCCUCCUCAGACAUCUGGCUAACUGUCCUGAUCCCUGUCCUUACUGUUUGUACCAUCAUUCUUCUGACCCAUUUCUGAUUUCAUUGUCUUUCUACACAUCUUCAUUUCUACCAUUCUCCUCCACGGUCCAUCUAGUUGUGGAGAGUGGUCCACUGGCAACGAGAACGGAGAGGCAGUAGCCCUUGGAAUAUUUUUGAAUCUCUACAGUUAUUACAGAUAUUCUAGCUUCAUUAUAAAUGAUCUAGAACUAAGCCCAGCUGCUUUCCAGAAAUAAGGGUGAAGGAUAACUUUUCAUUGCUGACCUACGAAGAUGUUAGAGUUUACUUUCACACAUUUAAUUUUAAACUAAUCUAGGUGCUAAAAAAAUAUGGACUUGGGAGUGGGGACCAAAUAUUUCAUUAAUAAUUUGAAAUUGAUAUCUUUCGGCCUUUCCUUGAUAUUACUAAGUAUGUACAUAGUUUUUCAAAUAUUAAAGACCUUUUAAUGGUUGGCAGUUGUUAUAUAUGGCAUUUUAUUUCAUAUGCUAUGUAGUUUACUUUUUUUUUUCUCUUUUUAUCAGA